CAACAUGGCUUCAUGCAAGUAUCCACACUGAACGCUUGUGAAGAAAUGAAAUGAUUCACAUCAUUUAAUGCACUAUAUUGUGCUCCCUGACACAUGUGAAACAUGAUGAAAUUUCGCGUCCAGCUGCAAUGCAAGAACUUGCAUGAGUAUUUAAAGGAAUUGAGCCCUGAGGUCCUCGAUAGGCUCUACAAUCACCCUGCAACAUGCCUAGCUGUAUACAGGGAACUUCCAGCUUUGGGAAAGAAUUACGUGAUGCGAAUGCUGUUUUUAGACCACCCACUUCCACAGGCUGCAGUUGCACUGUGGGUUAAAAAAGACAGUCAAAAAGACCACGAUCAGUGUGUGUCUGUGUUAACCGGGCUACGGCUCUGGCACGGUCAGCAGCUUCAGGGUGGACUCCAAGGCUUUGUGCUCAACCCUGUGUUUAAAGACAACCUGAGAAUUGCACUGCUAGGCGGUGGUAAAUCGUGGGCAGAUGAGGGCGGCAACCUGGGUCCUGAUCGCCAUGCGAGGGAUGUAGAGAGUCUCGACCGGUACGCCAUGGAGCGUUGGGAGGUCAUCCUUCACUUCAUGGUGGGCUCUCCUAGCGCAGCCGUCAGCCAGGAUCUGGCCCAGCUCCUCAUUCAGGCUGGGCUCAUGAGGAGCGAGGUUGGUGAUGCUCCUUGUAUCACAUCAGCAGGGUUUCAGUUCCUGCUGCUGGACACGGCAUCUCAGCUGUGGUACUUUACCCUGCAGUACCUCAAAACAGCACAGUCGAGAGGAAUGGACCUGGUAGAGAUUCUUUCCUUUUUGUUCCAACUGAGUUUUUCCACUCUUGGUAGGGACUAUUCUGUGGAGGGGAUGAGUGAGUCUCUGCUCACAUUUUUGCAGCAUCUACGAGAGUUUGGUCUGGUUUUUCAAAGAAAGAGGAAGUCAAGGAGGUACUACCCUACGAGGUUGGCCAUAACUCUCUCUGCAGGAGUCACAGCAAGCCCUGCCUCUGGGUCUGCCUGUUCUGCACUAGGAGCCAUACCAGGAACAGGGGACACAGGCUUCAUCAUUGUAGAAACAAAUUAUCGAGUAUAUGCCUACACAAACUCUGAACUCCAGAUUGCAUUGGUAGCUCUAUUUAGUGAGAUGCUGUAUCGGUUUCCUAACCUGGUUGUUGCUCAGGUAACCAGAGAAUCAGUGCAGCAGGCCAUCAGUAAUGGCAUAACAGCACAGCAGAUCAUUCACUUCUUAAGGACCCGAGCACACCCAGUAAUGCUUAAACAGACCCCCAUUCUUCCCCCAACCAUCACAGAUCAGAUCAGACUGUGGGAGCUUGAGAAAGAUCGCUUACAGUUUACUGAGGGAGUGUUAUACAACCAGUUUUUAUCCCAGGCUGAUUUUGAAGUGUUGCGGGACAGGGCUCAGGGUUUAGGUGUGCUGGUUUGGCAGAACCCCGCUCACAGGGUCAUGGUGGUGACGCCACAUGGACACAGCGAGGUUAAGAGAUUCUGGAAGAGACAAAAGAGCCAUACAUAAAGGAAAUAAGGAAAAAUGGACCUUUAAGACCACAAGAUACAUCAUUCACUUGAGAAUGAUACUGAGAAUUACUACUAAUGGAUGGUCAAGAGGAACCAGCUUUAAUGAGGACUAUUUUUUUUUUAAGGUCAUCUGUUUAAAAAAAAAAACUGUUUCUAUACAUAGUUCAAAGCCUUUUGCUGUUUGUGAGACAGUAUGUGCAUUAUUAUUCCCUUAUUGACUUGUGCUUUUGUAGUGUCUGUCUUUGCUACAUGUUUGUGUCUGAGGUAAACUACGGACUAAAAUAAAUGCUGUUUACACUGAA